CUUUUUUAUGAUUCGUUCAUAAGUACGAAGUUUCGAAAUUAAAAUAAAAGAUUUUGCUACUAGAGAGUGAAAAAUACUCAUAUUAUCACACUACGCGUUGCAUCCCGUACUGAAGAAUGAGAAAAUAUAAACGAAAAGGAAAAGUAUAAGACUUGCUAUUUCAUAUAGAAAUCUCUGAGAGAAUCUCCAAAAACUCUGUAUUAAGGAUGAAAUACAAAAAAUCUCGUAUUUUAUAAAAUGCAAAUUCAUUUUUGUGUAUAAAUAUAAAAUAACAUCAAAGUAAAUCAGAAAACAAAGCGAAACAACAAGAGGAAAAAAUUUAAUUUUCAUAUAAGGAAAACGAAUAUUUUAUACUUCAUGCAUCAUCGUUAGCACACAACACAAAACUAACAACAUUGAAACAAAAUAAAAAACGAAACAUUUUACAAAAACAAAAUUUUUUUGAGUAAAGAAGAGAAAGAUCUACGUAUAUAUGUAAUAUUAAAAUUUAGAGAGGGAGGAACUAAAAAAUUUUGUAACAAACUAUACGAGAAAAUGUUAUAUACAAAAUAAAGUACAUUGUAUUAGAAUAAAAUUCAUUGGAGUGAGUUGAAGAAUAACCUACAUUUCGAAAACAUUAAAAUUACCAAAAGGAAAAAACCAAUUUUUUACUCAAAUUUUCUGUUGCUUUGGUUUUUUUUCUUGUAUAAUUGCUGAAUAAAUUGUAAAGAUAUUUUUUUCAUUAUUCCAUCAACAGCAACAACUUUUUUUUUUAUUCUGUUAUACAAAUUAAACAAAACUAACCAACCAGUAUCUCUUAUAUAACAGUGUUAUUAUAUAACAGUAUCUACAUAAAAUAAAUAAAAUAUAAUAUAAAAAAUCAGUAAAAUAAAAUUUUCAAAAUAGAACAAAGUGAAAAUAAAUAAAACAAAAAUAUAAAACAAUUUUCAAAAUGAAAAUUAAAAUGCAAAACAUGAAAUCAAAUUUAUUGUACAAUAACAGCAACAACAGCAUAAACAAUAGCAACAUUUGCAAUAGUGAUUUUAGUAGUUCCAAUUUCAAUAACAAAAAAAAUAUCCCUAACAACAGUAUAACAAAUAAUAUUGUUAUUAAUAGUAAUUUAUAUAAAUAUACUAAUAUUAAUAACUAUAAUAGCAGAAGCAACAAAAAUAAUAAUGAUAAUAAAACAGAAACUACAACAACAACAACCACAAAACUUCUAGGAUUUAAUUCAACAUCAUCUACUACAUCUUUAAUAAAUACAAAUUGUUAUACUAACAAUAAUAAUAACAAUAACAAGAAUAACAGCAGCAGUAGGAGCAGUAACAGCAACCACUAUAGCACAAAUAAUUGUAAUUUAAGUAAUAAUAAUGAUAUUAUCAAUAAUUAUAAUAAAUCAUUAAAUAGAACAGUUGAUAAUAGAACAAUAACAACAGUAUCACUUCCAACUGCAACAUUAUUAAAUACUGCCAGUUUAUAUAAUUUUGAUCAAUACUAUUGUACUAAAGAAAGUAAUAAUAAUAAUAGCAAUAAUAAUAAUAAUUAUUACUAUCAAAAAUCAUUAAUAAAACAACCAAUAAUUCUUCACCAACAACAACAGGAACAACAGAAAUUAGAAGAGAAACAAUUAAAAAUGGAAUAUAGAGAUGGAGAUUAUAAAGAAAUGCAGCAACAGCAAUUACAACAACAAGAAAUACCACAAAAAACGCAACAACAAAAACUACAUACAAAAUCAAUAUUUAAUAAUACAACAACAGUAACUAGUAGGCAUCUUAUAAAUAAUAAUGAUAAUAACAAUAAUAAUAAUAAAUGUAAUAAAACAAAUUUUAUAUUAUUAAAUUUAUUACAAAAUUUAUUUAAUUAUAAAAAACAAAAACAGCAACAACAAUAUAAUUUAAUUAAUAACAAUAAUAAUAAUAAUAUAUUUUCAAUAAUUAUUUUAAUAUUUUUAUUAUUAUUAACAAAUCAUCAAGUAUAUAGCUUUUGUCCAGCUAGAUGUAAAUGUAGUACAGGUGAUUUAAAUUAUCGUACAUCAUGUAUUAAUGUUGGUUUAGAAGUUGUACCAAUACAAUUAAAUCCCGAAACAAAAUUUAUUAAUUUAACAUUAAAUAAAAUACGUGAUGUUGAUUUUACAUUACCAUUUUAUACACAAUUAGAAGUAUUGGAUUUAUCACAAAAUUUAAUUGAAACAUUGGGCUCAAAAAAUUUUGAAUAUCAACGUGAUUUAAGAACAUUAAAUUUAAGUCAUAAUAGUGUUACAAAUUUAUUAAAAGAUUCAUUUAAAGGUUUAAAUAAUUUAUUAUUAUUAGAUCUUAGUUAUAAUCGUAUUGAUAUUAUAAAUCCAACAGCAAUGAAUGAUUUAACAAGUUUAAUUGAAUUAGAUUUAACAAAUAAUUAUAUUGUUAGUAUGGAUGAUGGUAUUUUUAAAAAUAUGAUAUCAUUAGAAAUUUUAAUAUUUCAAAAUAAUCAAUUAUUAGAUGUACCAGGAAAUAAUUUAGAAUAUUUACGUUCAUUAAAAUCAUUAGAUUUGUCAUAUAAUUUAAUUGAAUAUGUUAAAAAUGAAAGUUUUGAAGAUUUAAAAGAAUUAAUAAUGUUAAGUUUAAGUGGUAAUGUAUUAUCAGUAUUAGAAGAUAAUGCAUUUGAUGGUUUAAUAUCAUUAAAGCAUUUAAAUAUUGCUGACAAUAAUUUAACGGUUGUGCCAACUCAGCAACUAUCAAAAUUAUCAAAUUUAACAUAUUUAUCAUUAAGUGGAAAUCGUUUUACACAAAUACCACCAGUAGCAUUCCUUAAUCUAUUCCAUUUAAAAGAACUACAUUUGGAUAGAUUAGAUCGUCUUAUUAAAAUUGAUUCAAGAGCAUUUGUUGAAAAUACUCAUCUUCAAAUCAUCAAUUUAAAUAAGAAUAUACAAUUUACUGAACUUCCAUUACGAUUAUUCCAUGGUAAUCCAAAUUUAAUUGAAAUAUCAAUGAAGGGAAAUAAUUUACAAACAAUUGAUGCUGUACAAUUUCCAAUUGAUAGAAUACAACGUUUAUAUUUAAGUGAAAAUCCAUUACAAUGUAAUUGCUCAAUAUUAUGGUUAUGGCGUUUAAUACAUCAUGAAAGUCAAUCUGCAUCGUCAUUAUCAAAUAAUGGUGGAUUAUCUUCAACAUCAUCAUCAUCGUCAUCAUCAACAGCUGAAGGUGUAUUACAAUUACGUGAUAAUCAACAAAAACAUAUAUCCAAUAAUAAUAUAAAUAAUAAUGAUAAUAAUAUUAAUAAUCAUAAUAUUUAUAAUAAUAAUGAUAAUGAUGUUAAUCCAAAUGAAACAUCUAAUAUAUUAAUAUUAGAUUCAGAUCGUAUUGGUUGUAAUAUAUUACAAGAUAAAAAACUUGUUAGAAAACAUUUAAAAAAUUUAACUGAAACAGAAAUAUCAUGUCCAGCUCAUAUUGUUACAAUUGUAUGUGCAAUAUUAAGUACAUUAGUUGUAUUAAUGACUGGUGCUAGUAUAUUAUUUUAUUUAAGAUUUGUUAGAAGACGUAGAAAAUUAUUAGGUGAUAGACGUUCUGUUAAAACAAUUGUUAAUGUACAUGAUCGUAUUAUGCAACAUCAUUUACCACAAAAUCAUUUUCAACAUAAUAAUCAUCAUACAAUUAAUAAUCAUAAUCAUCAUCAUAAUCAUCAUCAACAAGCAACAUCUGUUGAUAAAUUAGAAUUGGAACGAUAUUUAGCAGCACAAGCUAUUGCAAAUGAAUAUCGUGCCUUAAAACCAUGGGAUAUACCAGUUAAAGAACCAUUAUCUGAUGAACCAGAACAUUUAUAUGAAAAAUUUGAUCAUUAUGAAUAUCCAGAUACACGAACAAUGUCAAAACCACAUGUUGUUUAUGUAUGACUCUUAGAGGAUAAUAAUAAUAUUAAAUUAAAAAAUAAAUUAACACAAAAAUUAUAUAAUAAAAAACAAAAAUAUGAACAAAAAAUAUAUGAACAACAACAACAACAACAAACACCU